CGCUCUACAUGGAUUAUCUCCUACCCGACCCGCAUCUUAACCAGGGGAGGGCGGGGAGGAGAAGGGAAAAAUGGCAACCGCGUCAUCUCCUGGAAGAAGGAGAAGAGAGGACGCGUAAUCGGCCGCGAGGUACGAACCAGUGCCGAGAAUGGGCAGCACGGGUGGUGACGAGAGGAGAAGGCGUCGGGCUUCGGCCAAGCUCUCCGCUGUCUCGACUCUCAUCGAGCAAGGUCCCAUAACGGUGGCGACAGACGAAGAGGGACCCGACAACGAAACUAUCACCAGCAGCAGCAACAACAACAACAAUCCCAGGUCCUUCUCGCACGCUGUGAAGCAGCAGUGUUGGGAGAAGGCGGAGAAGGUUAGGGGAAGGGACCCGGAGCGGUGGAGGCGCGACCCUCUCGGCAACCUCGUCUUCCGGAAGCUUGUAGGAUGCCCUGGCUGCGUCUGCUACGACUUCGAUCACAUCCUCCCCUUCUCGAAGGGUGGAAGGAGUUCUUUGGAGAACUGUCAGGUUCUACAGGCAUCAGUAAAUCGAGCAAAGGGGGAUAAAACUGAAAUUUCCAAAGCUGACCUCAUUCAGAAGAGUGCCUAUUGUAGACUCUCAGGGCAUGACAUGGACAUUUUAGAACUCACUGCAUAUGGGAAUGUUCGUCGUGGCCAAGCUUCUGAAGGCUGUAGAAUACAGUGAACGAUGCUAAAAUUUUCUUGCAUGUGGUUGUGAUUUGGGAAAUUUUCACACAAACUCAGUUUUCAACUUUUGAGCUGGAAUCCUUGAUUUCACCAAAGCUUGACUGCCCAUUGGGCAUCAAAUUAUUUACUUUAUGGUCACAUUGUAACUGGAGAAAUUCAAUAUUGGAGCCCCUUCAAGUUUGUAAAUUAAACUCUUAAUGAGCUUGAAAUUCAUUUUGCUACUAGAAAGGUGGAUCUUUUGAGCU